GCCUUCAAAUCUAUCCGAUAACUUCUUCAUGGCGACUGCGUCCGUUUCCUGUUCUUUCCUUGCGCCGCUGUCCAGCUCUAUUCUCCGCCGCCACACCGCCUUCUCGGCCUCCUACAACGCUUCGCCACGGUGGAGAAGACGCCGCCACCUCCUCCCGCUCGCACAGGGCCCCGAUCUGCUUGGCGACUUUGGCGCCAGAGACCCUUUCCCGGAGGAGGUGGAGAGCAACUUCUGCGAGAACGUCCUUGGAAACACCGAUACACUUCACCGAAUCCUGAUCCCUAACAUCUCCGCCCUCUCUCUCGCCCAGAUAAGCUGCGAGCACAUUUCACCCUCGCAACCGCCCAUCUCUGCAGAGGAUGCCGAGAGGCUUCUUAGAAAGGUGGUUGGUUGGAGGUUAGUGGAUGGUGAAGGAGGAAUGAGAAUCCAAUGCCUAUGGAAGGUGAGAGAUUAUAGAUGUGGAGUUGAACUCAUCACUAGGAUUUAUCAUGUUGCAGAGGCUGCAGGGCAUUGUUUUCCAAAUCUUCAUUUGGAACAACCCAACCAAGUUAGGGCAGAGCUGUGGACCGCAUCAAUAGGUGGAUUGACUACAAAUGACUUCAUUUUGGCUGCUAAAAUAGAUCUGAUUGAGACAUCUGAUCUACUUCCUAAGAAGAGAAUCUGGGCAUGAUCACAAGUAUAUAUUGCUGUAUACUGUGGAGAGUUGAAAUCAAUAUUUCUGACUUCAGUAAUCAGUUAUGCAAGUGAUUUCUUAUUAUUCUAAUUCUUAGGUACUUCUAUGAUAUUGCAUUUAUUACCUGAAAUGCUUCAGUUUUGUGAUUGUUUUUUCAAAGCAGACUACAGCAGUUAUCUCGUUAUUGUCCAGUAAGGUUACUGGUUUUGUGUAAUUCAUGAUGGAUGAACACUGAACAUAAUGGCAAGACUAUUGGUUUAAUUGCUUCCUCAUUCAGGAAAAAAUAGGUAGGGACGUUUGUUCAAUGUUAAUGGUGUUUGACAAUUUUUUAUGUAGUACUUUUUGUUUGGAUAGAUCUUCUCUGUGUGGCUUAAUUAAUCUGUUGGUACGAUCAA